GGCUAAGGUUGUUACCAUUGAAAAAACAUGCACAAAUGAGCAAGAAGGCCAAAUAAAUUAUUGACUUCAUCACAUUAAAUUCUUCAAGCUUGCAUUAAUGGCAUAUGCAAACACUCCGCAUAUCGCAAUCAUACCAAGUCCCGGUCUGGGUCACCUCAUCCCGCUUCUCGAGUUCGCAAAGCGGCUCGUCGACCACCACCGCUUCACCGUCACAUUCAUCUUCCCCGGUCAAUCAUCACAGUCUAGUGCCCAAAUAUCCAUUCUCAACUCUCUCCCUUCCUCCAUAGCCUCCGUGUUCCUCCCUCCCGUAGACCUUUCCGACCUUCCCUCGACGGCGGGAAUCGAAACUCGGAUCUCACUCACCGUGACUCGUUCUAACCCGGCGCUCGGGGAGCUUUUCGGCUCGUUAUCGGCGGAGAAACGUCUCCCGGCGGUCCUCGUCGUCGAUCUAUUUGGCACGGAUGCGUUCGACGUGGCCGUUGAGUUCCACGUGUCACCAUACAUAUUCUACCCAUCAAAUGCCAACGUCUUGUCGUUUUUGUUUCACUUGCCGAGACUAGACGAAACGCUGUCGUGUGAGUUCAAGGACUUGGCGGAACCGAUUAGGAUUCCCGGUUGUGUUCCGAUAACCGGUAAGGAUCUCUCGGAUCCGUGUCAAGACCAAAGCGAUGACGCAUACAAAUGGCUUCUCCACAACGCCAAGAGGUUCAAAGAGGCUGAGGGGAUCCUGCUUAAUUCCUUCGUCGACUUGGAGCCAGACGCUAUUAAGGCUUUACAAGAACCGGCUCCUGAUAAACCACCGGUUUACCCGAUUGGACCAUUGGUCAACACGGGUUCUUCUUGUGCCAAGGAUGAGUAUGAGUGUCUAAACUGGCUGGACGACCAACCACUCGGUUCGGUUCUAUACGUUUCAUUUGGAAGUGGCGGAACACUCACGUGUGAGCAGCUUAAUGAGCUCGCUUUCGGUCUAGCGGAGAGCGGGAAACGGUUUAUUUGGGUCAUACGAAGUCCGAGCGGGAUAGCUAAUUCUUCGUUCUUCAACUCACACAGCCAUACCGACCCGUUGACCUUCUUGCCACCAGGGUUCUUGGACCGAACCAAAGGAAAAGGCCUAGUGGUCCCGUCAUGGGCACCACAGGUUCAAAUCUUGGCCCAUCCAUCCACCGGGGGAUUUCUAACACAUUGUGGAUGGAACUCGACUCUUGAAAGCAUUGUGAAUGGUGUACCGCUAAUAGCGUGGCCUUUAUACGCAGAGCAAAAGACGAAUGCAUUGCUACUUGUGGAGGAUGUUGGGGUGGCUCUAAGAGCGAAAAACAGUGAAGAUAUGAUUGUAAGAAAGGAACAAGUGGUGAGAGUGGUUAACAGGUUGAUGGAAGGAGAAGAAGGGAAGGCUAUAAGGAAUAAAAUGAAAGAGUUGAAAGAAGGAGCUGGAAGAGUCUUGAGAGAAGAUGGGCUCUCUACGAAGGCACUCACUGAAGUUUCCUUAAAGUGGAAAUCUCACCAGCCAGAUUUGGAACAAGACACGACCCACAAUAUAUGUAGUACUUAACUUUGUUUGUUCUCUGAUGGACUUGAUCCAAGAAUAAUGCUGAUCUACCCAAAUAACUAAUAAAGCUGCUUCAGUCACACAACCAAAAUUCA